AUGUCGAAUCCAACAGAAGGACAGGAGGGUAGGAAGCCAACGAGCGUACUAGAGGCCAUCAAGAUAGUAGGAGCAGCAGAUAAAGUCCUAGAUUUGGACGAGUCGGAGUUAAAUUGGGAUCAGAUCAAGAGAAUAUUGGUCUCCCACUUUAGGGACAAGAGAUCAGAGCAGGACUUGAUAAUGGAACUGACCCAUAUCAAGGAGAAGAAUCUAGAGGUAGAAGCCCUUUACACAAAGGUCAUGACACUAAAGAAAGCUUUGGUGAGUCUGACCCAAAACAGGCGAGAACAGUAUACUGGGGUGACCAUAAGGAUCAUGGGGGUUCCGAAUAUAGCUAAGGCUUAUGAGAUAGCUUGUAGAGAGGAGAAGUUAACGGCUAUAGAAAGUGUCGGCUCAGAACCCAAAACGCAGAGGUCGUUGGAGUCGCGAGACAAAGCCAUUAAAGAAACUCAGAAACAGGAUCAGGAGAAAGAGGAGCCCCAAACGUUGGAGGCUCACCGGGAGACGGGCAUUUGGUCCCAGUAUCAGUGGGGAGGGAACAACCCUCCUCCGUUUCCAAUGCCGUUUUCCAUGCAAAGUAAUUUCAAUCAGGGAGACGCUACAGGCUAUCAGGGACCAUAUCGCAAUUACCAGAACGGGAACUCCAGAUGGAAUCAGAACCAAGCAAGCCAAGGUAGACAGUGGAACGGGUAUAAUAGUAACAGGUAUAACGACAACAAUUAUAGUAACGGGAAUAACAACAACGGCUUUAAUAAUAGCAAUUAUAACAACGGCUAUUAUAACAACGGUUAUAAUGCCAACAAUGCCAGAGGACAGUUAGCGAUUGAACCGCCAACUAACAGAGAAGGCAGCGGUCAGUCCAGGAUGUCCAAGAAUUCCAACAGUUCGGGACAGUCCAGACAGUCUUAUAAUUCAAACAAUUCUAGGAGGUCGUUUAAUUCAAGUGGCACUGCGGAUAAGAACGGCAGUAGAGCCUCGGUCAGUGGCCAGCUACAUAACAUUCAAGAGAACGACGGAAAUUUUCCACAGUCAGCCUCGAACAAAGCGCAGGAUAUUUAG